AUGGCGGCCGCCUCCUCCAUGCUCACCGCCGCGUCGCUCUCCUUCUCCCCGCUCCCAGCCCCGCGCCUCCGCGCCGCCGCCUCCUUCGCUCCGCCGCGCCGCGCGGCAGCCGCACUCGUCGUGCGCGCGGCGGCCGCCUCGUCCAAGUCCCCGGCCGCGGAGGAGGCGGCCCCGAAGAAGAAGAGGGCGACGGGCAUCACCCAGCCGAAGCCCGUGUCGCCGGCGCUGCAGGCAAUCGUGGGCGAACCGGUUAUCCCCCGCACCGAGGCCCUCAAGCGCCUCUGGGCCUACAUCAAGGAGCGUAACCUCCAGGAUCCUUCUGACAAAAAGGUGGUCGUUUGUGAUGAGAAGCUGAAGGUCCUGUUUGCUGGGCGGGAGCGAGUUGGAUUCCUUGAGAUCGCCAAGCUUCUCAACCCUCACUUUGUGAAGUGA